AUGGUUGAAGACGGAGUCUUGUCUACGGUGGCUGCCUCUUUGGCUGAGAGUUCACCCGCAGUGGCUUGGAGCGCCAGCAUCAAGGCCGAGACAUUGUCAAGGACAAUAGGUACAAUGGUCAAGCUUGAUCAAUCCUGGAAUGACUGGACUUUCUUCCUUGCGGAUGUUGAGCGGGCUGCAGUCUUGGAGCGCAUCAUUCAACUCAUCCUCUUCAACUCGUCCAGCGACCCCAAGCCCAACGACAUUAAGGAUCCGGUUACCGAGGCUCUUUUGAGAAUCUACGCGCCUGACCGCUUUCCCGUCCGCCGCCUUCGGACAUUGCUGCAACUGCUCACAAUGUCAAUCGGCGACAAGGAAGAGUUUCAGAGCCUUCGAGAGCAGGCAGAGUCUGCUUUGCAGCUCUGUCGUGACCAAAACUAUGGCGACGAUGCUGGUCUAGCUGAGUACGUCUCCGACCUGGAGGCAGGCUUUUCGUCUACACUGGCUCUCGUUGCAACGGAGACAGAGUGGCACACAGCCGACUUCGAAGAGUCAACGAGAAUCUGGCGUUCGAUUAUCAAUCAGUGCCAGACCAAGGACGAUCUCCUAUCCAAGGUCAGCGACACUGAGGGGCUUGUCAGGCAGCUUAAUUCCAUUGCCGAGUACGCAAGACUCAGGGGCGAGGACGAAUUCUUGUUGUCGGUUUUGACAUUGUGUGCCGACAUCGCGUCCAAGCUAUCCGAUUCCUCCACGGACUUGCUUCUCCAGGCGCACAGCAACCUCGCAGACCAGUACACGCAUCUCGGUUAUUCCGAGAAGGCCGAAGAGAUUCUCAACAAAGCCAAGAAACUCGCAGAGGCCACAGCCACCAAUCCCGACUUUGGUGCGGUAAACCUCCAGAUCUCUCUCACUGAGUAUCAGCUGGCAAACCAAAACUCUGAGGCGGCUCACAAGAUGCUGCUGCAGGGCGAGGCUACCUUCGAGAACUCUUCCAGUGCGAGGAAGGCUCCUAAGCUCCAAAGAAAGUUGCUUUUGGCAAGAGCUGCCAGUCUUUCUUCCCGAAUCAAAUGGGACAAGGGCGAAUAUCAGCAUGCUCUGUUCCACGCCAAGACGAGCGUGCGAAUCUUGUUCCAGGACUGGACAAAAUUAGAGGCUCGCUGGAAAGAUGCGCCCAAGGCAGAGUCUAAGCAGAUCUCUAGAGAAGGUUCUCCUGAUGCGGAGGAAAGUCUGGUGUCGACUGGCAUUUCGACAAAUCUGAUGGAGCUAUCCGACGGCCCUGACAGCUGGGCACUUGCUUGUGGUCUGCUGAGAGCCAUGCUGCACCUUUCUUCAGUAUACGCUCAUCUUGGAAUGUUUCAAGAGACUGUCUAUUACGCGGAGAAGGCGCACCAGGUCGCCAACGCCACAAACGCCUCCAUCUACAGAGCUCAGGCUGCGACUUGGAUCGGUUCAGUAUGGCUGAAGGCCUACAAACUCGAUAAGAGCCUUGGCUACUUGAACGAAGCAAGGCAGCUCAUGGCCACGGCUGUCAAGCCGACACGUCAAGCAUUCCAGCUGGCUUGCGAGCUGAGUGCUUCGUUCGGAGAAAUGAAGGAUCAUGAGAACGAGACUCUACUCCUCGAGCUCGCCGAGGUCACGCUUGGGACUUUAAAUAGCAGCAACCGGGGCGCAAUUACUGGCGUCAACGAUGAGCAGGUGGUCAACAAGAUGGCAAAGCUCACGCUCAAGGCACCGGCUGCGCGCAGAACACGAGUGACCAAGCCAGCGGUUCCAGCAGCGACCAGAGCGACCAGAGUUACGAGAAGAGUGGCAGCGCCCAAGGCAAAAGCUACUGCUGCUCCUCCCAAGGCCGCUGUUGUUGCAGCAAACGAUAGCGCAUCCGACCUCAAAGCCUCCAUGCUGUUAUACAAAGCACUUGUCCACCUUAGUAAGGGCGACUGGGCUGCAGCAGCAGAACUUCUCGAGGAGGCGAAGCAGAUGUCCAGCAGCUUGCGAGAGUCUUUGCGAGUCCAGAUUGGCGAGGCUACUUGUUUGAUUGAACAGGGUAUCAAGCAGAUGGAGGGCGAUUCAGUCUUCUCAGUUGUGAAGGAAUCAACCAUCUCUUACCCGUCCAUCCACGCUGCUCCCGACAAAAAUAACACGGAGAAGACGCAACCGACGGGUUCCUCUCCGCGAAAGGCUCAGGGCCGCGCUACCUCUGCCGAGCGUAAGGUGAUGAGAGAAAACGCAACCUUUGUCGAAACUUUGGAACAAGCGCAAGCUCAGCUCAUGGAAGCUCAAGCUGCCGCUGCUAUUUCAGGAAACGGACACCUGGUUCAUCGCAUCUCUGCGUUGCUUCAGAGCACGGGCAUUUUCCUAUCGGCAGCCUCUCAUCGGACGCCUAAACACCUGGGAGGCUUUGGCUAUGCCGCCUGCUCUGUCGAGUUUGCACGAAAUCUGACUUGGAAACGGGAGCGAAACACCGUGGCUACGGAUCAUCUCAAUGCCAGCUUCAGCGAGGCAGGCUGGCCACUUGCUCUCACGCUCAAGGAUGACAGACGGGCAAGCAUUGUUUCUAUUGAUGAUAUGGCGAAAUUCCAGCGUGACUAUAUCGACAUCAUUCCUGAAGCGUGGAGUGUCUUGUCGAUCGCGCUAAGCGACAACCGCAAGGAUUUGUGUAUUACCAAGUUACAAUCAGGACAGAGCCCUUUUGUCUUGCGACUACCGCUGGAGCGUGUGGCUUCUCGCGACGGCGAGGAUGAGCUGUUCGACUUUCAGCAUGGACACGACGAGCUUAUGGAUAUUAUCCAGGCGACCAACGCGAGUUGCCACAACACUGGUGACUACACUGCAAAGGGGGCCAAAUCAGCGUGGUGGGCUCAACGCGAGAACUUGGACAACAGAUUCAAGGAUCUCCUCGACAAUGUUGAGCAGGUCUGGCUCGGCGGAUUCAAGGGCAUCUUCUCCCAACAUCGCCAUCGCGCUGAUCUCAUUGCCAAGUUCCAAAAGGCCUUUUCCAAGAUUCUUGACAAGCAUCUGCCAUCACGUAGGCAGGUCCGAGGAAAGAAGACUAGCAAAUCCCCCAAAAUUAACUUGGAGCCGCGUAUCCUGGACCUUUUUGUCGGUCUGGGAGACCCAUCUAUGCCGGACAGCGAUCUGGAGGAGCCUCUGAACGAUCUUCUCUACUUUGUUGUGGACAUUCUUCAGUUCCACGGCGAAAGAAACGCCUAUGAUGAGAUUGACUUUGACUCCAUGGUCUUGGAUACGUUUGAUGCUCUUCAGGCGUACCAUAACGCUGCCAAGACCUCGGAGCCCGAGGAAGGCGCCCACAGCAUUCUCAUCCUCGACAAGGCUCUCCAUGCCUUCCCUUGGGAAUCACUCCCGUGCACGGAGGGUCUGGCAUAUUCUCGUGUUCCCUCAUUAUCCUGUCUGCGUCGACUGCUCCUUGAGCAGCACGAGGCCCAGGAUUCUGAUGACGAAAAAGUUCAUCACCGACACACUGUAUCACCUGUCGGUGGCACAUACAUUCUGAACCCUGGUUCUGACCUCAAGAACACUCUCGCCACUUUUGAGAAGCCCCUCAAGGAGAAGCUGGGGGAGUCCUGGACGGGCAUCGUCUCGCGUGCACCAACCGAGGAUGAGUUUGAGGGAGCGCUCAAGAAGUCUGACAUACUCCUGUACUUUGGCCACGGCAGCGGCGCGCAGUACAUUCGAGGCAAGACGAUCCGCAGACUGGAGAAGUGCAAGGCGGCGGCGCUCUUGAUGGGUUGUAGCUCGGCGUCGCUGCAGAACGUCGGCGAGUACGAGUGCCACGGCCCUGUGUGGAACUACAUGCUCGCCGGAUGUCCCGCCGUCGUGGGCACGUUGUGGGACGUGACGGAUAGGGAUAUUGACCGUUACGCGGGCCAGCUGUUUGAGGAAUGGGGACUGAUGGAAAGGGGCACGUUUGUUGAGGACAGCUCGAAGAAGAAGGGCAAGGGCAAGGGACUUUUUGCUACGGAGAAGAAGAGCAAGGCGAAGAAGGAGACAACGAAGGCUACCGGGCGUGGAACCGCGUCGCUCGUGGAGGCUGUCGCCAGGGCUAGGGACGCCUGUCGAUUUAGGUACAUCACGGCUGGCGCGGUAUGUAUAUACGGCAUUCCGGUGUAUAUUGGCAAGGACAAGGCCGAGGGUGCCUAA